CAUGGUCGCCUUUGAAAAAAAAAAAAGGAAACAAUCUUUUGGAUUGAAAAAGGAUUAUGGAUAUGCAGCAAAUGAUAAUAGCAGCAAACAGAGCUCAAUGCUUCGUUUCCCCGCCUCUUUCAACCCUCAUAAUCACCAUCAAUACCCCUUCUUUAAACCCUAAUAAACCCUCCAAAACCCCCAUGCGCACUUCCCUCUCUUUCCUCCGCCUCUUCCGCCCUCUUUCCCGCUCUCAAACCGUCCUUUUCCGCCCCCUCACCCGUCGCUACGCCGCGCCUCGGUUUUGCCCUUCUUUUUCCCGCCACUUCAGUGUAUCUUCAGCCCCAUUCUCAGCCUCCGCCGUCGGUUUCGUUGACGAAAAGGAAAGGGAAGAAGAAGAGAGGUGGGAUUUCUCCAACAACGAAACCGAAGCGAAAUUCGUUUUCGAAGACAAUGAUGGGGUUUUCGCGGAUAACGAUAUGAAGCACUUGGUGGCACCGGAUAUUGAGGUUAAGGAACUAGACGAGUUGCCGGAGCAGUGGCGAAGGUCAAAGCUCGCUUGGCUUUGCAAAGAGUUGCCGGCUCAUAAGGCGGGAACCUUGGUUAGGAUCUUGAAUGCGCAAAGGAAGUGGCUCAAGCAAGAGGAUGCUACUUACUUGGCUGUUCAUUGUAUGAGAAUUCGAGAAAAUGAAACUGGUUUCAGGGUCUAUAAGUGGAUGAUGCAGCAGCAUUGGUAUCGAUUCGAUUUUGCUCUUGCUACCAAGCUAGCAGAUUACAUGGGGAAGGAGAGGAAGUUUACGAAAUGUCGGGAGAUAUUCGAUGACAUCAUCAACCAGGGACGUGUGCCUAGUGAGUCUACGUUUCAUAUUCUGAUUGUUGCAUAUCUUAGUACACCGGUUCAAGGUUGUUUAGAUGAGGCUUGUGGUAUUUACAAUCGUAUGAUUCAGUUAGGAGGAUACCAACCACGUCUUAGCUUACAUAACUCGCUUUUCCGAGCUCUUUUAAACAGACCGGGAGGUUCUUCAAAAUAUUACUUAAAACAAGCCGAGUUUAUCUUUCACAAUUUAGAAACAUGUGGUUUAGAGAUACAAAAAGAAAUCUAUACCGGCCUAAUUUGGUUGCAUAGCUAUCAAGAUACGGUGGAUAAAGAAAGGAUAAAAUCGUUGAGGAAAAUGAUGCGAGAAUCGGGUAUGGAAGAAGGAAAAGAAGUGCUCAUUUCGAUAUUGAGAGCUUGUUCGAAGGAUGGGGAUAUUGAAGAAGCCGAAAGAACUUGGAUCAAACUACUCGGUUCCAAUGAUAGUAUCCCUUCUCAAGCUUUUGUCUAUAAAAUGGAAGUUUAUUCGAAGGUUGGGGAAAUUACGAAAUCUUUGGAGGUAUUCCGGGAGAUGAAAAAGUGUUUGGGAUAUACUAGCAUCGCAUCAUACCACAAAAUUAUAGAGGUAUUAUGUGAAUCCGAGCAAAUGGACCUUGCGGAAUCGUUCAUGAAGGAACUCAUUGAGAGUGGUAUGAAGCCACUUAUGCCAUCGUACAUCAAGCUAACAGAUACAUACCUCCGGUUGAACUGUCACGAUAAGCUCGAGUCGACCUUUUUAGAGUGCCUUGAGAAAUGCCGACCGAAUCGUACUAUUUAUAAUAUAUACUUGAGCUCGUUGGUGAAAGUCGGGAAUCUCGGCAAAGCGGAGGAAAUUUUCAAUCACAUGGGCGAGAAUGUCACAAUUGGUGUUAAUGCAAAAUCAUGCAAUACCAUUUUAUGUGGAUACCUUUCUUCCGGAGAUAAUUCGAAAGCAGAAAAGAUAUAUGAUUUGAUGUGCCAGAAGAAAUUCGAAAUCGAAUCUCCGUUGAUGGAAAAGUUGGAAAAUGUCCUUAGAUCGAGCCGAAAAGAGGUUAAGAAACCCUUGAGCUUAAAGCUAAGCAAAGAACAACGAGAGAUUUUAAUGGGGUUGCUUUUAGGCGGUUUACGGAUAGACUCAGAUGAAGAGAGAAAGAACCACAUGAUACGGUUCGAGUUUAAUCCAAGUUCUAUACCACAUUCUAUUUUAAAGAGACAUAUUCACGAUCAAUACCACGAGUGGUUACAUCCUUCAAGUAAGCUAACUGCCGGUAAUGGUGAUAUCCUGCACAAGUUCAAUACCAUUUCACACUCUUAUUUCGGUUUCUAUGCGGACCAGUUUUGGCCAAAGGGUCAACCUGUGAUCCCAAAGCUAAUACACCGGUGGCUGUCUCCGAUUGUACUUGCAUACUGGUAUAUGUACGGGGGCUACAGAACAUCAGCCGGGGAUAUCCUUUUGAAACUGAAAGGGAGCAGCGAAGGCGUCGAGAAAGUGGUGAAAACGUUGAAAUCAAAAUCCUUGAAUUGCCGAGUGAAGCGAAAAGGGAGAGUGUUUUGGAUCGGAUUUCUCAGGACUGAUUCAAUGUGGUUCUGGAAACUGGUGGAACCUUACAUCUUAGAUGACUUAAAAGAUUUUCUCAAAGCAGGCAGCGAAACCGCAGAUGAUUGUGCGGUCGAAUCUCGAGACAUAAACUUUGACAGUGCAUCCGAUUCCGAUGAAAAGGGUUCUUCCGAUUGUAGCGAAGACCUUAAUCCAUAAGGCUUACACAAGUAAAAGUGCCAUUGAAAAGAAAA